CAGAUAGUGACCGCGAAGAAUAAAAGAAGGCUGUUGCGAACCUGAAACAUCUGGCAACGACUCUUGAGCAAACCAAGCGGGCAAUCUACACCGUGUGGGGACAAUGAAUACCCUGCUUGUGCUCCUUCUGCUAACCCUGUCAACGUCCGCAUACGCAGCAUCAAUACUACCUGCCAGGGAAGCUCAAGACCAUGGUCUUCGGAAAGAGGACGAGGCUGCACUUAUUGCGAAAGCUGGCGAUUCCAUGAAGACGAUUGGACAGCUUCUACAGAGCAAACUAUCCAUCGCCAAUGCUGAGGAUCGAGAGAACAUUGUCAACGCCUUAAAGGCUAUUGACACUUCCAUCUUGGACCCAAAUGAUACAGAGCAGUACUUUUUCAUAAUCUUGUUUAAGGCACUCAUAGCAGCUGCUGUCACCGCUGGUGUGUCGACUGGCGUCGGUCUUGAGGUGGACAAAGCUCUGAAGAAAGUCAACAAAAAGCGUGGUUGAGAAAGGCAACAAUGACUCUGCCAGAUAACAAAAUAUGAAUGAAUCAUUUUGAUUCUGGUGUACAGAAAUUAAAAGUAAAAAGAGGGUGUUCUGACGUAA